UUGCCUCCAUUCUUCGAUGUCAAAGUUGUUUUCUAAAGAAUGAGCCGUCAUUUUGUUAAAUCGUGUACAAAUGUCAUUGCGGUUCCCGAAAGUGGCGGUUAGCCCGUGUUUUCCCGCCGCCUCCACAGCUCACACAGGGAGCAGUGGGGAAAACAAACAGGUCGAACGGAGGAAGAUUGGUAGCCGGUUGGAUGUGGAGGUUGUUUGGCGGCGAAUGAAUUGUAUUGACGUUGCAGGCUUUUGUCGGGCGCUGUUUUAAAGUUCUCCUACAUUAUUUUGGUGCUUUCGGGUACGGUGCAUUUAGGACACUAUUUAGAGUUUUCGCCUUCCGAGCAUGUUGCCGCUUUCUAACAUUUUGUCAGGGCUGUUGGAGCGCGUAGUCUACCCGCUGCGGUUUUGUGUUUUUCUCGACGUUGUUUACCGGCUAUAUUUCGACGUUUAAUGAUUUAAAUUCACCGGUUUGCCGGCUCUGAAUCCAGUGAGACACUUUUAGACAUGCAUACGAGGCGUUUAGUGAAGCGGUCGAUCCUCGGCAGCCGUGUUUAUGCGCCGAGUCCGACGGGGGACGGUGCCCCGGUGACAGGAGUGGUCCAGGCUGUCAAGCAGGAAAACAGAGACGUCUCGGCCGCAGGAGCCCGGCGCAGCGUCUACACCGUGCUCAUGCAAGACGGGAGCCUCAAGGAGUUCUCCGAGGAGGAGAUAGCCGCGGGGUUCAACCACACUGCAGCCAAAGGACCACUCAAGUCCAGCUUGAAGCAGAGCUCCAGUAAUGGAGCUCCAGAAGGCCAGAAGAUAGAAGGCGGCUCCCUCAGCCCGGAGGCAGUGGAGGAGCAGCGGGUGGUGGAUGGCAAGCGUUCUGGCCGGGACCCCGACACCCGAUCAGUGUCCCUGCUAGAGCAGAAACGGAAGGUGGUCUCCUCCAGCAUUGAUGUCCCACACGCCAGACGGUCUGAAGAAGAAGUAGACAUGGACAAGGUGACGGCUGCCAUGGUACUGACAAGUCUCUCUACCAGCCCACUGGUCAGGAGUCCACCUGUCAAAGUCAGCGAGUGUCUGAGCGGUUCCUGGAAGGACAACGGUUCAGCCGGCCCCUUCACCCCGUCUAGCAACAGCUCCUCAGGAGGCUACUGGAGCUGGUCCGCCCCCAGUGACCAGUCCAACCCUUCUACACCUUCUCCUCCGCUCUCCGCAGACAGCUUCAAGCCCUUCCGUGUGCCCAGCCUGGGCGGCGUGGGGCCCGGCCCCGCAGGGCCCGAAGACCCCAGCCUGGAUGAGCAGGAUGGCAGCAGCCUGCUUUUCGAUGAGCCCAUCCCUCGCAAGCGCAAGAACUCCAUGAAGGUGAUGUUCAAGUGCCUGUGGAAGAACUGCGGCAAGGUGCUGAGUACUGCUGCCGGCAUCCAGAGACACAUUCGCACCAUCCACCUUGGGCGUAACUGCGACUCGGACUGCAGUGACGGCGAGGAGGACUUCUACUACACCGAGAUCAAGCUCAACACGGACUCAGUGGCCGAUGGGCUGAGCAGCCUGUCCCCUGUGUCGCCCUCCGUCCUCUCUCCCCCUCCUCCUCCCCCUUCUCCUCUCCCUUCUCUCGGCCAGCUGCCGGACUCCCACAGACCCCCGCAGUCCUCUGACACCAAGGAGCCUCACGUCGGCGGCACCACCCCGCUCAGCCGCUCUGCGCCCAGCGCGCUCUACCUCAUCCACGCGGACCAUGCCUACCAGGCCACGGCUCCUGUGUCCAUCCCGUCCAGCAGCAGCAACUCGGCCAGCUCAGCCUCCACCAGCUUCACUCCCACCAACAGCUCCAGCUUUAGCAUCUCCUGGCAGUCACCGCCCGUCACUUUCACCGGGACCACGGUGUCUCCCAGUAAAAGCCUGGGCUUCGGUGAACAGCGCUCGCAGACCAUAGCCGUCCUCUCAUCCCCACCCAGAGCCACCACCGCCCUCAGUCGGAAGGUGCGUGGCGAGGGGAAGAAGUGCCGUAAGGUUUACGGGAUGGAGAACCGCGACAUGUGGUGCACUGCCUGCCGCUGGAAAAAAGCCUGCCAGAGAUUCACCGACUGAGUGUACCCUGCCAACGCAAACGGCGCGCCACGCCACCGGGCACUGCUGCCUUUCGCCAGAGAAAGGGGGGAGGGGCAUCAUUUUGCAUGCAUUUGGUUUUCUUCAGCUCAAAAUCGCAACAACUCCGGCUCCGCCCCCUCAGCUCCACUGAACCAUUCCAGCUGUGGAGGGAACCAAAUGACGGCAGAGUCACCUUUUACAUUGCCGUCCAGGAUUCCCAGUACUGCCUCGCCAUUCCCUUCAUUCCCAGUUUUGGGAAACCCCAGUGCAGCUAAACAGUGUAAAGAAAAAAAAUAGAUCUAAGAUUUUCUGCUGUUUUUAUGUUGGGUUCAGUGUUGCAUCUUUCUAUGUUUUGUAAAGCUCUGGUUUUUAAAUGGAAAGUCUAGUCAAAGAAGGGGUCCAGAAAAAAAAGGCCAAAACCUUUUUUGUGUGUUUUGUCAAAAGAAAAAAAAAAAUCUUCACUUUUUUUAUCCAAAAGAAGAACGGACCUCUUUGCUGAAGUUUUUGAAGAAAGUUAUGAAAAAAGCAUGGAGGUUCGCUCGCUGUUUUUUGUUCUUCCUUCAACUUGUUCAUCUCUUGUUUUUGUUUCUGGACUAUUUGAGGUGAUCUUUUAUCACCAACAUCACAACCUCUCCCGGUUCCUCACCUGUUCUUCACUCCUGACAGCUCAGGGGGAAUGUACGGCAGAGCAGGGAAGGACGGGUUGAGAGGUAGAGAGAAAAAGAGGAAGAGGGAGACACAAGGUGAAUGAUCAAUGCAAAAAAAAAAGAUACAAUUUACAGUCAGGGAAAGCAGACGGACCAUGCCAGUGAUGUAUCACAUGAAACCGCAAAAGCAUUCACACACACACACACACGCACACACACAUACACAUACAGACACACACACGUGUCAUAACAGAAGACAGGAACUGUUUUCUAUGUCAUUUUUUUAUCAAGUUGAUCCAUUUUCUUUGUUUUAUCAGGGAUGUGAUUCUACAGAAAGCAAAAACCAGCAGCUAAAACUUGGGGUUAUAUUGUAUACAGCACUAUCUCAACAGCUUCUCUCUUUCAUUAUACAUGACAACUUUGCAACCAAAAACUCCUUUAUCUUGUUCUUAAUGUUUUUGGUUUUUGUUAAGGUGCCAUGUUUACUGUUGUUGAUGUAGUUUUCUUUUUCUAUCUCUUUUGUUUGUUCGGCAAAACCAAGACUGUUUACCUACCACCUGCUAAAGAAGGUGUGUUAAAAGACCUUCCUGACAGCACUGGAAGCAUGAAGCCAGCGGUGUGCGAGGCCAUAAAAAGAUAAAGAUCUUUCACUACAUACAGAGAGACAGAUUGCCCUCCUCCUCAACCAACUUUUACGACCUUCCCAAAGGGAACAAAAUAACUUUGUGUUUACGUUCGCCGUAGAGGCGCAGCUUGAUGAUCAGCUAACCAAAGGAGGGGGGCUCAAAACCAAAAGUGAGGCACUUGCACUGUAUGUGUGUAUCUAAGCACUUGGUAUAUUUGAUAAUGCCUGUGGUUACUUCUAGAGAGUUGAAAAUGUUACUUAUCUUCCACUAUGCCCUCUCCAUUUCCAACUUAACUGGUUAUAAAAAGAAGUAACAACAUAAAAAAAACCAGACUUGGUGACCACCGUUUUUUUUGAUCCAUUAUUUACUCCAAGAGUUUUGGAUGAGGGUGGAAAAAUUUAUAACUUGACUGACUUGAUUAGGUCACUACUUUGUUUAAUGUGCAUUGCACACUUCAUUCACUUGGCAACAUGCAAGCAAAGCUUUGGUUUGGACUUUUUGAGUCCCUGUGAUCUGCACGUAUCCUUGUGACUGAGUGUGAUUGGUAAAAAAAAUAAUGCGGUUAUCUGAAUGUUUCUAUUUUAAUUCCAGCCUCGUAGACGGCUCAAAGGCAGGAAGCAAAAAUCACAAAGCCAAAUAGUUCACAGAUGUUUGCUUUGUGGUGAACGGUGGACCAACGGUUUUGUCACCUGAGGCUGCAUUCUGCUUUAUUACAAUGUUCUGAAAUGAAUAGAAAUGCUUUGUGUUCGGUUUAAGACAGAUGUUUCUUCCAACUUGUAUCUGCAUUUACUCUCUGAAUUAUAUGAAACUAGUUUGAAUGCACGCAGAAAUCUUUAUUGGCAUUUCUGUCACUCGCACAGGAUCAUUUAACACGAGAAUUAUUCAAAACCAACACCAGCUAAUAAACUCACACGCUCGCUUGUUUGAUAAACAGGACUUCCGCACCUGAAAAUCGUAGCUUUGUUAUGUUUGCCCACCUGUUUCUAUCUCUGUCUUUUUUUUUUUUUUUUUUUUUCCUUUUUGGUCUGUUUAUGUAUAUAUGUAGUUCUUGUAUUUUAUGACUUUUGUCAUUACAUUUGCCACCUUAUGAACAAGACAGGUUCAAGUAUGAUAUCGCGUAAGGAAAUAAUGUACCGUUCAACCUUUUCGGGCUACUAUUGUUUUGAAUAUAGGGAUAGCCUUAAAGUCACUUUUUGAGAAUAAUCAUUGUGCUUCUUCUAUGUCAUUACAUUGAUAUUUCAGUAAGAAAUAUUUAGAUUAUGUCAAAAAUAAUUAGCCAUUGUAUUAUGUGAACGUAUUAUUGUUUGAAAAUAAGACAAAUCUAUAUAUACGUAAAGAAAAAACAUGUUGGAGUUUAAAUUCAAAGCAAAAAAGACAUUGAUUUGGCUGUUUUAAUUUUUUUUUUUCAUAUAUAUGAAUAUAAAUAUAUACUGUUUAUGAAUUUUGUUUUCAUGUUCUGCUGAAGGAAAUUUUUGUGGCUAUUGUAACUGCAGGAGGGAGCCCAGGCAUGAUUUUCAGUGCAAGCCAAGCUUGUUAUGCUCUUUUCAGCGAGUGUGACCCGCACACUCCCGCCUGGAGCUCCUUCACGUCACGCUCCCCGCUGCUGCUGCUGCUGCUUAGUGGUCGAAAACCACAGUUGAUUAAAACCUUUAUCUUAUUUCCAAUUCUCCUCUCCCAGUGUCACGCAGGCCCACUUGCAAUUAGUGUGAUUGACAUCUCGGCAUGUUUGCGCCAAUGUGUGUGUGCUCGCACGCUUUUCUGUGUGUGUGUGAACAUGGAAGGAGCCCCGGGCAAAGUAUGCAGGCUGCCACUGAAGCGCGGCGCUCUGCCCGCCCCUCCGAGCAUUACUCUCCUGAGGAGUCACACACCUUUAUCAAAUGGCCUGUGGUGUUUCUCUGUCAGGUUGCGUGCAGGUUCAAAUCUUCUGCAAGGCUCCUGACAAACACUUUGGGGUUCGAGGAUGUUUUUGUUUGUCCAGACCACAGCGGCUAGACGUGGCUGAUGUGUUUUUUUUUUUUGGUUUUAUUUGUAACUGUGUGCACUUCCCUCUGCCCUUUGUCCAUCAUUGUGGUGCUUCAUGUUUGUGUUUGGACUGCCUCCUCCAUUGACGUGUGGGAAAAAUCUGGCAGCCAAUCAGAUUCUGCCAAGGUUCUGUCCAGGAACAAGUCCCCAGUUCAGAUUAUCCAGAGGCUGCUGGCAAGACUGAAUGUUCAAAGUGGCAGCUAAUAUUAAAAGAAGCUCUCUCUGGAUUCUAAGUCAGUGUUGCGUCGCUCAAAUAAUGAAAUUUGACCAAAAUAAGAUCAUCUCACACCCGUGUUUAGGGUUAAAUCCAAAUUACCUCAAAAGUCCAGCAUAUCUGCCACCAUAUUUCUUAAACCUGUCCAUCCUCGUAGAUCUGCAUGACAUUAAGCAACUGUGGGAUUUGUUUGUGGACUGUGGCCUGGCUUGCAUUGUUGUGCUGAGAACAUCUUGGUCUCAUUUAACUGCAAAUGGCGCAAAGAAGUCUCAGCAUGAAGGUGCUCUCAGAGACACUCAGCCCAGGUCUGUCUUCGCACACUGUACGCAGUCACACCGGUGCUGUGCCCUCGGCGGGGGAGAAAUGGAGGUGCUAUAUUUGCAUUGCAGUGCUGUUUCUCCCAUGUGUCCUCUCAUCUAUUAACUCCAUUUUGUACACAUUGUUAUGCUGUAGAACAUGAAAAUAAAAACACCCUGCCUCAAGUCUA